CUUUUUUAGCUCCUCGGACGUCGGUGGGCGGCAAUGGGUCUUGUGUGCUCGUGCUUGGCGGGCGCCAGCAAUGGCAAGCGGUUCCGAGACCAGUACCAACUCGGCGAGAAGAUCGGCGAAGGCGCGUUCUCAGUCGUGCGCAAAGCGACGCAUCGACAGACCAACGUCGUGUACGCGGUCAAGUGCUUCAAAAAAGCCAAGCUGUCCGAACAGGACGUCAAGGACAUUCAUCUCGAAGUCGCGCUACUAAAACAAAUGAAGCACCCGAAUGUGCUCAACCUGCAUGGGUUCUUCGACGAACCCGAGUACUACUACACAGUCAUGGACUUGGUCGAAGGCGGCGAGCUCUUUGACCGCAUUGUUGACAAGGAAUAUUACACGGAGAAGGAGUGCCGCGACUUGAUCAAGAUCCUCCUUGAAACCAUCACAUAUUGCCACAGUCUCGGCAUUGUCCAUCGUGACUUGAAGCCCGACAAUAUCUUGAUGACAAGUCGAGACGAUGACGCAUCGAUCAAGAUCGCCGACUUUGGCUUGGCCAAGCAGGACAGUAAGGACAACAACCUGACUUCGUCGUGUGGGACGCCAGAGUACAUUGCGCCCGAAGUCGCGCGCAACGUGAUGAUGAAGGACCACCAACUUUACGGCAAAGCGGUCGACAUUUGGUCGAUUGGGGUCAUUACGUAUGUCAUGUUAUGCGGAUACACACCGUUCCACGCCAACAGCCAAGUCCAGUUGUUCAAGAAGAUCAUGAAGGGGCAGUAUCAAUUCCACUCACCGUAUUGGGACGACGUGUCGCCUGAAGCUCAACGGUUUGUGUCGCGCAUGCUCGUCGUCGACCCAAAGAAGCGUGCCACGGCGGAGGAGUUGCUGGCGGAUCCGUGGAUGACACUCGGGGAGAGCGACGUCAACUUUGCAGAACUCAACGGCGUGUCCAAGCGAAUGACGUCGCGGCAACGUCUCAAGGCAGCCAUGGCCACGGUUCAAACGACAAUGGCGCUGAACAAAGUCCUGGCCAACAGCAAGGCCACCGUCAACGAAGCGAGCAAGCUCAAGGCGGCGUAGUCGAGUGUCGGUGCAGCAGCAGCAUGGCUUGAAGUGGGCUCCAUCGCGGUGUAGAAAACCCACGUUUGUGGUUUGGGUGGGACCCCUGGCACGACGACUUGACCUAGCAUAUCAUGGCGUGUUAUUUUAGAAAUGUGCAUGUCAUUUUUAAAAGUUACAUCUGGAUUUUUAUGUUGA